GGGCACUUUUAACUUGAGUCUUUUUUAUUGAUAUCCUUUUGGUCUCUAACCCUGAGCUUAUCAGUGACAAAGAAUGAAAUACAGCCUGUGGCACUAUCAUUUCAAGGUCUUUCAAACGUUGUUAUUUCAGUUUAUCGAGUCUAAUGUCUUACUCUUUAUAUUACAGUUAUCAACCCGGUUAAAGUUAAACAGUCUGGCGUGCGUCAUCAUGACCCUGGCCCAAGGUAAUUACGUUCAUAAUCAUGCUAAUUCAAGCUGUUUAUAAGCGGAAUUCAAUUGGAAACAAACACUGAUAUCAUGUUUUAUGCAAAAAAUUCCAUCAGUAGACCACGACGCCAUUUCUAGACUGAAGUUACGUAAAAAGAAGUUGGACUUUCCAGAGUAACACGAUAGGUGAACCGAGCCAGCACCUAAUAUGCCCCUGCUUGCUUUGAGCGUUAUGCUCCUUUGCAGUUUGGAUGCUGCUUUAAGUUCACCGGAUCAGUGGCUCGCACAAAUGAGGUAUUCGCGAUCAACAAGUGAUUCCAAGUGUUACAGUUUUACCGAUGGCCCCCUCAGUUUCUGCUCGAGGAGUGGUUACAACACUACGUUCAAAUACCCAGAAGAAUUGACGGAUUCAAUACUUAAAGGUGUCGCCAUGUAUGUCCAACAAGUGGUUUCGACUUUCGACAACUGUUCUAUGGAUGCCAUUGUAGGAGAAUCGUUAAUGUGCUCCUUCUUCAUCCCACACUGUUCAGGCGGAAAACGAAUUUACCCUUGCAAGCGGGUCUGCGGAGAGUUUUUGAAGAAAUGCUUGCAUAGGAUUCCUGCAAAUUUUGCAGAUUACCUCAUCGCGAUUUGUCAUACGCUUCCAGAUAAAAAUGGUGAUCGGGAGUGUUUUGAGCCACCGAACUUCAAAACAAACGACAGUGUCAAAGGUUAGGGUAAUUCAGAGAAUUAAUCUAAAUACUACUAGCGUCUUCAUUAGGUUCGUUUAAAGUGAGAAUUGAGUGCUUGCGCUAAUUAGCUCGGUGGAUAUUCUGUGUGCACUUCAAUAUGUCGCUUAAUUUCUAAGUUCUGAAAAACAACUCAACUUUUCACAUGCAUUUUCAAAAAUUUUAUUCAAAUUCAAUAAAAAUACGAAGGUUUUAAAAGAUGGCAAAUUUGGAGCGUUGCAGGCGUAAAGUAGGUAAACUCUGCUAAAAUCUUCCCCCAAAAUGUUAGAAAACAGUGGCACAAAACACUCGACUGACUUGGUAGGAAAACAUGCGAUCUCACGGGAUAUUCCAUGCAUGAUCGCACAAACUGAAUGCUCUUUUGUGAUGUGUUUAGUGUUCAUGACUUUUACGUAGAUGUUUUCUGUUUGAAAGAUAUGCUUUGUUUGUGAUCUGAUUGGAUUAUUUGCAUGUGGAAUUUCAAAGCAAGUCCAAAUUCCAGUUCCGGCUGUAUGCAGAUAGAUGUCGUUACUUAACAGGGCUCUCGCUUCUUACCUGAUCUAAUUUACUGAAAAUAAUUCGUAGAUCUGUGCUAUGGCCAAACAUGACACUUCGUAGGUACUGAUUUUUUCCGAUGUGUCGUAAGAGCAGAUACAUGCGCAGAGAAAGUUAUAUUUUUUUGAGCGAGAUCCUUCGUGAUUACAACCAUUCCAACCUUUUGCAUCGAUCAAUUGAAAGCUUCAACAAUCACCCCCACCCAACCCCCUCUGGGCAAACUUACAGGCAUUUAACUUUUGAAUUAAGGUUCGUUUAAAUUUCCAAACCCUCCCCCCUCCCCCCUCCCCCCUGGCGAAAAUUGUGUUCGAGAGCUCCACCCAAGUACAAUUUUUUUAAUGGAACGAUUCUUUGUGUGAUCAACGAAAGUAGUAGAAUUUACCAAAAUUUUUUGUUUGCCAUUGUUUGGUUUUGGUGUUGUGAAUAUUUAUAUCUGAUUAAUUUGCUUACGAAAGCGAAUUCUUACCUUUUAACUCCCUGUAAAUUCAACUGGUAUAAAUUCCCAACCUUACCCAGGCAAGGUUCAAACUCCCCACCCCCGGGGCGCGACGACAGUCAAAUGCUCAUGUAUACAGUGGAUGGCUUAGAGCACGUUAGGGUUUCUAUUUCGUAGUCGUUCCCAUAACUGAUACUUUAGAUAAAGUGAGCAGGGAGGAAUUGGAACGGACCCCCUCUCCCUUUAAACCUCGUAAUUUCUCGAACCCUCCCUUUCCAAUUCUCUCAGUUAUAUCCUUGGUAGAGACCACCUCACCUCCCAGGCUCCCCUGCGCUUCAAAAAUAAAAAAAGCAGCAAUCAUUCUUAAAGAAAUACCUUUACAUUUUUAUCACUAUUUUUUUAACAGGUCCCUUAGACCGGGGCUGUCAAGAACUGAUUCUUCCAGCAUGUAAGAAUCUUGGUGUGUCCAACCACACUCUCUUAUCAGUGGCGUUUCAGAAAACAUUGUAUGGGUUCGCAUACAAAAAGCCUUACCUUGCAGGAAACGUGGACCCAGGAUUUCCACCAAACGUGCAAGAAGUUUUAAAAAAGUAUCCUAAGUGUCAGGAAAAUAUCAAAAAGCUUUAUUGUGGAGAGCGUUUCCCACCUUGUUUCAAAGAGGAGGGGAAAGGAUUUUACUCCAUUUGUAAAUCGGUUUGCAGCGAAAUUCUUAGAGACUGUCCGAACUUUUUCAGGUAUCUAUGUCUUCGUUGCUUUUUUUGCAGGUGGUUGGCGAUUUAAGAAGAAUUUAUCAGUUACGAGUGGGGCUAUUUAUGGUCUCUUCGGAGUAGCAGUUAGGGAAUGUCAUGUUAUUAUAUCUCUGUGAAGAUUACAUCAAUGUCAUGAGCUUGUGACCCUUACCCGAUAUAUGUCUAGUUAAGGAAACAGUCAUAAUUUAUCGCCGGGGGGGGGGGUGGUGGAGGAUUUUGCAGUGAACGAUGAAUCUUAACUAAUGCCCCCAUAAGGCUCUGCUUUUUGUUAUGACCCUCCCCCCUCGUCAUUGGCAGUUAAUUGGUAGUCAGUUAUCUGUAAUUCCCCCCUUUCUACUCUGUUAGCAAAGACUGGUCCCCCUCCGCUUGCCCUGAAAACCACGUGAACCCCCAAAAUUCUCCACAAACCCCCCUUCCUCCCAGGCGUUUUUCAAUGACUGGUACCUAAAAAAAUCAAACAAAGUGUUCAGAGCUAGUAUUAAAUUUGGCUUAUUGAACUGUUGAACUAUUGAAUCAGUUUAGUCCUUUUGAUUUAUUUGGACAUUCUUUGGUAGAGAUGAUUUGCGAGAAGCCGAGUUUUGUGCCAUAUUGGGAACAGGAAAUACAAGUCAUGGAUACUGUAAGCGUACGGAGUGGCCGGCGCCAUUUAGUUGGAUACGCUAUGUUUCAGGUCAGUUCCAAACAUUUUAGGCUCUAAAGGCAGCAACUAAAGGGCAAUAUUUUAUUCGAUCAUUUAAUAGGUCAGUAGUUCGUUUGGAGGUCUAACUGUCUUCCACCAGUCAGGAUUUUUAGUGAUCUAUCUGUGUGUCAAGAUCAGUCUGUGAAACAAACGUUUUUUUUUAUAAGGUUACUUGGUCGGCUAGAAAUAUUUUUCGGUUGGUCUUAGUCAAUUCGAUUCAUAGUCAUAAGAAAGCGAACAAAUAUCUCUGUCCUAUUUUCCAAUUUCAUUUAAAUGUUUUCUGAAGUCGAACACCAGCAGAUCACGACACUCGUUGGCUAUGGUUCCUCAUUCGGGUUGUGGCUUAGAUUUGUAUACGCUUGCUCAGUCGGUUUCUUGGCUGGGUCAGACAGUAAGUCUUUUGGUCUGUCAGUCAGUCAGUCAGUCAGUUUGUUGGUCUGUCAGCCGGUCAGUCGGUUAGUCAGCCAGUCAGUCAGUUAGUCAGCCAGUCAGCCAGCUAGUCAGUCAGCCAGCCAGUCAGCCAGUCAAUCAGUCAGUCAGUCAGUAAAUCAGUCUGUCUGUCAGUCAGUCAGUAGUCAGUCCGCCAGCCAGCCAGCCAAACAGUCCAUCAGCCAGCCAGUCAGGCAAUCAACCAAUGAGGUUAAAGGAUUCUGUACCACGUGGUAAAAAUUAGUGGCGUGACGGCGAGAUCGCCCAAAGUUACUCCAUAUACUUCUGCGGCUCAUUUUAGCAUGAUGAUAUAAAGAAAAUGUAAGACUUUAACAAGACUUCUCCUUCAUCGUCAUUUUUCAGAGGAGGCAUGGCAGUCCACGAAAGAAGCUCCAACUGAAAGCACCAAGUCAAAAGGUUCUAAAACAUGGGUGAUUGUGGUGGCUGUGUUAGCGGCAUUUGUCGUUGUAGGAAUGAUCAUAUUCGUGGCCUUGUAUAUGAAGUGGCGACGCGGUUCUCUGACCUCUGGGUACAAGAAACAAGAAAAUGAUACGAUUACUCUGGAGAAUUCAGUUGACCUCUGAAUGCCGACAUCACCUCCAGUAAUGCUUAGAGAACUUAGAAGUAAUAAUAAGAAUUUUCACGAAUAUCAUGAUGCACCCUUGUCCAAAUAUAAGAAAUAAUAAGAAGCAAGUAAGCAAAUCUUGACGAUUUUGAAAUCUCCUUUAGCCGAUUAGUGUUUUUGCAGAGAAAUUACCGUAAAGACUCGCAGAUAAGCCGCACCUACGAUUUUGAUCGCAAAUUUUUGGAAAAAAAGGUGCGGCUUAUCUGCAAGUCUUUACGGUAUAUCAAUCUGUCAACUUAAAAAACUUGCCAAUUUUAAAAAUUAAACUUUUUUGUAAGACUAAACGAUUCAACGCCGAAAAGGGAGCGUCACUCACGUGCUCUGAUGGUACUAGGAUGCUUCUUGUUAAUUUUUCUCAAGAACUCUGCUGGAAAAACAAGACAGGGAUGACGAGAUAUUCAUAGCGUGUAAGUAGGUCUCGUCACCAGCGCUGCGGGUCCCAGACACAAGCUUUUCCGCCCGCGGGAAGAUUUGAGACGAGUCGGGGAGAGGUUUUCCGGAGGUCCGGCACUUAUUAAUUUUUAGGAGUGCUAGACCCCUUUCAGACCUCCCUCUCUCUCUCUCUCGCCGGCUUGCAAUGCUCGAGGCCUCUCACUAAAAUUCUUGCAGGCGAAGAAACGCUUGCGCCGAAACGCUGAAAAAAGAGGGCCUGUCUGUUGGAAAAGUAUUCAAUAAAUCAGUUAUCCAGUUGUUAUCCAUCUCCUUGGAAGCAGACGAAUAAACAAAACAGUAGUGUAGUGACUUCUGCAUUGAAAAAAAAACAUUGUCUGUCUCGCUCACUUGUCUGUUGAAGACCAAUCUCAAGUUAUAUUUGAUGUGGUCAAUUGAGGCGAUGAAAGCAAAUACUCGUUUAAACAAUAUAAUUAAGGUAAUUUUUAUUUAAAAGAAAAAACCUUAAUGGACCCCCCUCUUAUGAUAAGAAAUGGCAUCGUUUAUAAUUUCAUGUCUAAAGGAUGAUCCUAC